AUGGACUGCUUUGGGAUAGUCUUUGCUGAGCUGCAGCCGCUUUUGGUACAGAUGUUGAAAUCGACGGCUUUUCUCGUCCUUCAAGCCCCGUUUACUUGUCUCAAGGUAUCAAACUUCUUUUCAAAAAAUUCCAAUGAUUCGUACUUGAAUUUGAUCAUCUUUCUGCAGGGCCUCAACAACGUAAUGGCACCAGCGGUCUUUCCAAUUGCCAUCACCUCAAUGUCGCUUUCGACCGAAUUCCUCGGAAACGUCACCAGCACCAACACAGAAGACAUUCGCGACCUCGGCUUCUCAGGAACCGUUGGGAGCGUCAACAUCAACACGUACGGCGAUACACUGAUCUGCGGUGAUGGCUCCGCUCAUGACCGUUAUUACCAAACUCCUCCCUGUCUUCUGCUCCAUGCAAACUCGGCAGCUUAUGCUAGGUCAGACCCGCGCUAUAUCACGGAUUUCAAUCUUGAUAGAAAUGGUAACGCCCAGAUAUUUUGUGGUUACUUCGAUGAUGAGACGCCGGAGUCCAGUUACGGAAUGGGACUCACGAAUGUGAUCGCACUGCCCGGCUCGUCCACGAAGGGAAUCUUGUAUUUCUUGAAGAAUUUCCGGCCGAAUGGGAAGGAUAUGAUUGUUGGAGCUGGUGUUGCUGUUGUUGAUGUCUCAGGAUCAUAUCCCACUUGCCGGCGUACUUCAAAGUAG